AUGGAUAUUAACCAUCAGAAUGGAGAUACUCCUAUGAUAACUAAAGUGUCUUAUAAGGAGUCUCUACUCAAACCUGUUGGACCCAGUGUCAAGGGUAAGGACCUUGUUGCUGAUCCCAUCGAUGAAGAUGAGCCAAACCCGGAAGACAAGUGGUGCAAGACUACUGAGAAUGAUGAUCAAGUGGAGAAGCCCUUUGAUCCAUGUCCCAAUAUUCCAAUAUCCAAAGAUGAAUUCGAUGAAUGGUACAAACCUUGGCAUGCUGCUCUCAUGGUCAAAGUUAUGGACAAACUAGUAGGCUUAGGAUUCAUGGAGCAACCCCUUCGACGUGAUUGGGCUAAAAAAUGUAAGAUUAAUGUUAUCGACAUGGAUCGUGACUAUUUUUUUGUUCAUUUUGCAGAUGAAGGUGACUAUAAUCAUGCCCUUAUGGAAGGUCCUUGGAUGAUUGCCGGUCACUAUCUUAUUGUCCAACGUUGGAGACCCUUCUUUUUAUCUUCUGAGAAAGAAGUCAGAAAAGUUACUGUUUGGAUUCGUAUUCCCAACCUUUCGAUCGAACUCUAUAACCAUAGAUUUCUUUGGAGAGUGGGUUCAACUAUUGGCCACAUGCUUAAGAUCGAUCGCACUACAUCAAUUCAUUCUAGAGGUUAUUUUGCAUGUAUAUGUGUCGAGAUUGAUCUGAGAAAGCAGUUAGUUCCCAGAAUUUCUGUCUUUGGCGAGGUCCUAAAUAUUGAAUAUAAAAGUUUACAUCAAAUCUGCUUCUCCUGUGAAAAAUAUGGCCACCGAUUAGAUCAUUAUAAUGAAACUCCGGUGGAAGAACCGGUGAGCCAAGUCAAUGCUGAUGGAGAAGAGGAGAAUAUCAACUCUGAUAAUCAGAAUCACGUUGAUUCCACGGACCAAAAUUGA